UCCCCCGCUAAUGUCGACACUUUAUCGAACCGCGUACACCGACGCGUCAUCCUUCGCAAUUAUGGAAAACCCAUUUACAAAACAAACUUUCGGUCGGCUCUCUUUGCACCGGUAAAAAGUUGCAUCGAAGGCCACGAAUCCUUGCGGAUGGCUGGUUUCCUCCAUCGAAACAUUUCAACUAAUAAUCUUAUAAUUAACGAGGAUACUGACAGCCUAUUCUGGCCCUACUUUUUAAUUAAUUUGGAUCUCGGCGUGCGAAAGCCACGAAUGGGGGUCUCUGGAGCAAAGGGUAAAACCGGCAAAGUCAUAAGUGAGUUUAACCAGUGGAACUAUAUCAGCAUGGAUUGUUGGCAAAGGAAAAGAAGGGGCAAGUGCCUUAUGAGGGACUUUAUUAAAUUCGUAGAGGAGAAUUUUACGCCAUAUUACCGCCCAUUGGUGAUUUGGGUUAACAACUUACGAAAAGCGGUUUUCCCAAAUGGUGGAAGGUUGUCAAGCACGUAUGGCACCGAGCUGAACACCGUUUCCGAUUAUCCUUGGGACCUUGAACCACAAUAA